CAAACUUUGAUCACACAAAACAUUGAAUUUUAAAAAUCCGUUUUCAGAUACAAAAUCCAAAUAAAAUGCCAAAAAACAAGAAACAGAAAGUCUGUGCAAAAAUUGAAAAGUCUGAGUAUUGCGUGGAUUCAUAUAAAGAGAAAACUAAAAACAAAUCAGAAUUUCUGGUUUUGGAUGAAUUUCCUCAACGAAUACUUCAGAUCCAACAUCUGCUAUCUGAAGACGAAUUCAAUUUGAAAACUAUAUUUUCACACAAAACCGAUGUCAAUAUCCCGGUUCCCGACAAACCCAUUAGUUUGGUAAAAUCAAAUCAAUUAAUCCAAAAAUUGGUGGCUCUAUUAAAACCAAAAGCAUUGCAAUUGAUAAAUGACGCAAAUUUGGUAAAAAUGGGUAUUUCUUUGAUGAUACCUAAGAUUGAAGACGGAAACAAUUUCGGUGUUGCCAUUCAACAGGAGAUACUACUCGUUGUGGCUAUUGUUGAGCUAAAGACAGAGCAACAAUUGGAACAGUUUGUUGAAUAUUACCGCAAAAGAGCUGAAUUGGUUGCAAAAGUGGCCAAAUAUCCGCACAUUAUUGACUACCGCAAUGCUGUCCAAGAAUUGGACCGCAAGUUUCAUCUCUAUUUGUGUCUACUGGCCGUCGAUCUGCGUAAUCAUUACAUCAGUUUACACGACUUAUUCAUCAAAAAUCUGAACAAAAUCAGAAAUCCUCGAAAUUCAGACGAUCACCAAAUUGUGUGUUAA